GCAGACAUUUUUGCGACUCAAACAUGGAGCAGGCAUAAGAAAUAUGCUAGCAUCCAUUUUGCCAAGGUUUUGAAGAGAUGUUUGAUUUGAUUGACAGGUCAGCACAGUCAGUGGACAAGCAAUUUUACAAGUUGGGACUUCUGUCUGAAAUUUGCUUGCAUUUAUACUGGAGCCAAAACCCUUUCCUUACCUUUACCUAAAAUGUUCCUAUCAUUCAUUGAUUGUAUUCAUCACUGCGAGGGACAUAUUAAAAGGGAAAAAAAGCGGUCAAAUUAUCAUCGACGCGUUCUAAAAGCGACGCGCUCCUCCUUGCCACAUCCUCACACAUGCGCUAGUUAAACAGUACUUUGUUGAGUAAUAAAGCGCACGCUUCGUGACGUAAAAUUGCGUCAUCUUGGACAUUGUCUUCUGUAUUUGUUUAACAAUUAAAAGAGGUAGCCAUGAGCUAAAAAUAGACAAUCACCUGAUUUCACCUGCAAAUAUACACAACCGCGGGCUCGGCGCGGGGGUGUGUGCGUGGAAGUUGGAAGUUACCCAAACUCCUCUUCGAGCAGAGUUCCAGCUCUCAAUUUCCUCAUGCCAACGACACUUCCCAGACUAAUAAAGACUCGAGCAUGUCUGCCGGCAUCACACAGCAGACGAGGCGAACCACGAGAGAUGGGCGCACUGACUCAGUUGGUGGCCGUGGUGGUCCUUGUGGCGGGGCCCGCGUGGACGUCUAACCUCCACCGCUGCUACGAGGAGCAGGAGCUGAGCAAGGUGGCCCACAGGAAGCUGGCGAGUCACUACCCGCAGCCUCCGGAGCCUCGGGGGGCGGUGGCCCACGACUCCCCCUUUGCGUGCCCCCUGGACCUCUACAUGCCUUGGGACCUGAAGGAGAGGUCCUUGUCUCCCUGGAGAUAUGUAUCGAAACCAAUGAAGGACCACUACCCGUCCACCUACGUUGAAGCUCAGUGUCUGUGCUCCGGGUGCAUCAUGAUCAAGAACCAAGGGACCCCUGAGCUGAGCCACGACUACAACUCGGUUCCCCUCACCCAGACCAGGGUGUUUCUCAAGCGGGAGCGCUGCACUGACGAGCAAAAGUAUUACUUAAAGCCGGUCUCGGUGGUUGUGACGGUGGGUUGCACCUGUGCUAGACCCCACCUCGUGUAAUCACCACUUGGCACACACUUCUUGCAAGGUCGACUUUGAUCUCUGCCUGGAUUGUGGACGUCAGGAUAAAUUGAAUGGCGGCAUAUGCCAGAACAAUGAGAGUUGAUCUUUUGCUUUUUUUAUUUGAUUUUUUUGCCACAAUUCAGUCAGACUUAAGAGGCUCAAAGCUGAACGAGUCUUUAUUUAUUCGACGCUAUUUAUUUAUUUAUUUAUCAUGUUUACAGAGCUGCAUUUUGUGUCUUAAGUACACCAGAUAUUACGAAAACACUGUUUUUCAUGAAGAUGUUCUAAUAUUGUAACAUACAGUAUACUGGACUCAUUUGAUCUUUUCCGCAAGGUUUAGAUGAUUUGGGAGUGAAUGAAGAAGAUCUGACUUUUGAAGCCGGUGAAUUUAUGUAUCGAUGCUGAUAUGGUGUUCAUAUUGUCCCAGUGGGACUUGAUCCAGUCGACAGGAAUUGUAUGGUUAGCUUCAACCAAAAUAAACGUU